AUGCCGAUGCCCUCCGGGAGCUGCGGCUCCGCUCCUGGCACACAUAAUUCAGGGGCUGGGACCAACCUGGCUGCACCAGCCCACUUCCAGGCCCCAAAUGCAGGCAGUGCAGAAGGCGGCGGCGGCGGCGGGGACCCGCGGCAUUGUGCGGGCGGCUCCGCGCCCUGCGCCCCGGGGGGGGGGGCUGGGCCGCCCCUCGGCACCCGGCACCGGCACCGGCAUCAGCACCGGCACCGGCACCGGCAUCAGUAUCGGCACCGGCACCGGCAUCGGUAUCCACACCGGCACCAGGACCAGGACCCACGCCGGUAUCGGCACCAACAUCAGAACCAGUCUUGCCACCAGCAUCAGCACCGGCACCAGUAUCCACCAUCACCACCAGUAUCCACACGCCAACACCAGUAUCAACACCGACGCCGGAUCCUGCACGGCCCAGCCCGAGCUGGGGUCACUAGUCCCGCCUGCUCCCGCGGACGUGGGGACCGUGACUCACCGUCCGCCCCAGAGCCACUCCGAGGGGGACAGCGGUUGGAGCCGGGGGGGGACCCAUCCCACAGCCCCCAUCCCCGCACAUCCCCUGGGAGCCGCAGGCCGGGGAGCAGAGCAGCACCCAGGGCACCGCGGAGACGCAGCCGGGCCAGGCUGGAGGGCACCCGGGCUAGCAUGACCGAGGUGGAGCCAGUGCUGGACUUCGCAUCCUCCGGGAGGACCGGCCGGCGCAAUGCCCUGCCCGACAUCCUGGGCUCACCAGCGGGCGUCAGCCCCUCCGACCUGCCCCUCAAGCUGGCCGAGAUGUCCCUGAGCGCAGGCAGCUCCCAGGAGAUGCAGUCACCUUCCACGGAGGUGCCCCCGCCACAGCCCCAGAGCCCCGAGCUGAAGGACACGUCCUAACCCCGCUCGGGGCCAAGUUUCUGACCGCCGGGGAGAAGGGAGGCCGUGGAGCACCAGCCCAGCUUUCCUGGCACGGCCGGAGCCUGGUGGCCCUCCCGGGGCGCCAUGCAGCCACAGCAUCGCCGGAGCCCCACGGGAGAGGAGCCGCGCGGGGACCCGCGGGGACCAAGGGACGCUUCACACCUGCCCCGUGCGAGGACGGGGACAUUCGCCCCACGGGAGGACAAUUUUCUGCCACAGCACGUGCAGAAGCACCCGGAGGGAUUGCGCCGGGGGGGAAUUUUCUCCUCCUCUCGGCAGCGGCCGUGCCGGGGGGGCUACGCCAGGAGUGUGAGGAGCAGCCCGGGGGGGGUUGUCUGCGUGUGGUGUUCACUGUGAUGUUUUGGGUACCACGUCUGUGUCCUGUCCUUUUUCCAGUGGGUGAUCCAGGAGCUGUUUUUUUGUU